GUCUGUGUUACAUUGAAAAUAUUGUUUGCAGUUGUCUGCGAGCACGGAUGCAAGUGGCGCAGUGGAUGCAGUGGCGAGGCGAUAUCGUCUUGAAAACGGCAACUCACUUGGGGAGAAGGAUGAGUUAUUCGGUCCACCGAGCGCUCCCGUAUUGGAAAAUCCUGAAUUUCAAACAAGAUGGUACUUUAAAUACUUCCUCGGCAAAAUGCACCAAAAUUACAUAGGCGUAGAUGGAGCGAGAGAGCCCUACUUACUGAGUGUAGUGCAGGAAGGAGGCGCUGGCCUUCUGCGGGCGAUACUCUUCAAUAAAAUGGGCGCACACAAAAUAUACCUGCCGCCCAGUGCGUGGAGCAGCGGCGGCGGACAGGCUCCAACCAGGCCCACCGUCAAACAGAUCCUCGCGCAGUUCUCGGCCAUGGAGCGGGUGGACAAGGUCCCAAGAGAGAUUACGUGUGCAGAACUACAAAAGGAUAUUCUUUUACUGGAAGAACAAGAAGGUUCUGUUAAUUUCAAAAUAGGCGUAAUGCUCAUGAAGCCAGCACAAAAAACUGACGAUGAAAUGCUUUCGAAUGAAAAAGGUGACGAGAAAUGGGAGCGAUUUAUUUCACUUUUGGGAGACAAAAUUCGAUUGCGCGGUUGGAACCGGUUCCGAGGCGGGCUCGACGUCAAAGGUGACAUGACGGGCAGCCAUUCCAUCUACACAAUGCACCAGGGCCACGAGAUUAUGUUCCACGUCUCGACUAUGUUGCCGUUCUCAAAGGACAAUAAGCAACAGCUGGAAAGGAAGAGACACAUAGGCAAUGACAUCGUUAAUAUCGUCUUUACAGACGACUCUGUGCACAACACAUUCAACCCGCAGUGCGUCAAAAGUCAUUUUACACACAUAUUUGCUGUGGUGUCGGAAGUGGAAGGCGAGGGGUAUAGGUUGAGCGUGUACAGUGAUGACACGGUGCCUCCCUUCGGACCCUCAUUACCCUGCCCGGCGGUCUUCAACGACCCACAACUGUUCAGGGAAUUUCUACUGGUAAAACUGAUGAAUGGCGAGAAGGCAGCUUUCCAGACACCGACGUUUGCUCUGAAACGACAGCGCACGCUGGACACACUGAUACGCGACAUCUACGCCGAGCACUGUUCAGAUCAUAAGGUGCCAAUGCUGUCACGUCGCGCGCUCUCAGAUGUGUGGUCUGGCGGCGCGGGCGCAGGCGGUGCAGGCGCGGCGCGCACUGAGCGCUUCCUACAUGUGGGACAGGCUCUCAAGCUGGACGCAGUGCUGAGGGGAGAUGCCCCUACCAGCCUGGUAUCUACAGGGUCAGGAGGUUCCAGACGCGCGCCUUGGGAGGGUCGGGUCUGGCGAUCCGCUCCACUGCCAGCGUCACCUGUGUGCGCUGAGCAGAUGACUGAAGGCAGACUACUGCUGUCCACAACGUCCAACACUUACAUUUUAGAAGAGAGCGGCACGACCCGCGUGGUUUUGCGGUGGGAGGGCUGCGUUCGAGCCGCGCGUGUGAGCGAGCGAGCGGGAUUGUUCCGCGUGGGGGCACGCGCUAUAGGCGGCGGGUCCACUACUGGGGGCGCGGGUGGCGCCGGCUUGUACGCACUGCCGAUACAGGAGCUAUGCGCUGGCGCCUGGGCAAUGAGACCACUGCAAGACUGCAAGCAUGCGCGUCUACCACGAACCAAAACUGCACAUUACUUUGAUAUACUAGAAUCCGGAGAAAGCGGUAAAACGACGCUUGCUGUAGCCAUUGGUAGAAGAGUAAUGCUAAUGAUUGAAGAAUCUAAGACUGAUAGUGAAAUGGGAUUCGAAUACACACAUAUCAAGGAUAUACAAUUAAGUGAAUCGCCUAUUCUAAUAAAAUUGAUGGACGGAGAAGUCGGUGUAAUGGUAGUUGGAUACAAACAUCAUUGGGAAUUGCUAGAAUCUAAUACGGGACAAACUAUUAAACGAGCAGAAAACUCUGAGGACAGCGGACCACGACGAGGGACACUAGUCAAUGCACUUCGAAUUGGUGAUGAGCGGGACGGACAAAUAGUUUUAUGUUACAACCAUACAUGCCACUUCGAGAGGUUAACCAGUAAAGGAUUAGAAAGUGACGCGGAAUAUGAUUUUCAUUGGACAACGGUGCCCGCUGCUGUAGUUUGUGCAUUCCCAUACAUAAUGGCUUUCGCGGAAGACUUGUUGGAAAUCAGACUGGUCGCCAAUGGGUCCCUGGUACACGCCGCGUGCAUACCAGGACUGAAACUGCUGUGCGGUCGGAGGGACAUAUUCUACGUUGCGUGCGCGCCGGAAUACGUGCCACUGAGCCGAGAGAUCGACCCCAGCUUCAUGCACGAGUACGAGCUCGCGCGACAGAUGAGCAACAAGGGCGCGCCUUACUCGCUCGACGAGGACGACAACGAUAACAGGGGCGACAGCUGCGUUCCGAACAAUCGCACGUCUGAGAACAACUCUGAGUCGAGCCGAAGCAGUUCCAUAUCUUCUGAGCAGGAGAACAUACGGCCUCCGUUGCAGCGGAUGGCGCCCAUAUCGCCGCCCAGCUCGCCGCAUGUGCUCCCAGAGAACAGCGGGCGUUGCGUGCGAAUCUACAAAAUCCCUCAAAGCAAUCUCAGCGCUGGCGCAUAUCAACGACAAUCCGUCUCCGCUGACCAAGUCGUCACUUCUUACUUCUCCGACAGACCGAACAGUAUUAGACAGAGACUUGCAGAACUAAGACUGGACAGCAAAUCGAGGGGCGGAGGUGAUGACGAAACUCUGUAA